AUGCUGCCUGAGCUGUAUCUGUUGCAGGAAGCCGAAACUCGCUCUUCUGAUUUAGACCAUGCCCUGUCAAAUGAACAAGAGAUGCGCCUUCUCUAUGGUCAGCCCUGCGAGACACCAUGCUCCACCGGUUUAGAAGCCUCAGGUCCCGUCGUGACAGAGGAUCCUAGAUAUAAAUCACUUGAUGUAGAUAAGGAUCUGGUGGACUGGAGAAAGCCUCUGCUUUGGCAGGUGGGCCACCUCGGUGAGAGGUACGAUGAAUGGGUGCACCAGCCAGUGGAUCAGCCUAUUCGCCUCUUCGAUUCGAAUCUCAUGGAGACCUUUUCCACAGCAAGUUGGUAUGUUGUCUGUAUAUACUGGCUAUCAGUGAUAUUCCUUCUCAGCUGGUACUGCUACACAACACUUGGCCAAGGCAACACCCACCUGUUUUCCUCCUUCACAUCAGCCUACGCCAUUCCUGUUCACAAGCACUGGUUCCCACUGCUCUUUCUCUUGGGGAUGUUCAUCUGGUCCCUGGUGGAGUAUCUCAUUCAUCGCUUCAUCUUCCACAUGAAUCCCCCUGCCAACAGCUACUACCUGAUCACCUUCCAUUUUCUGGUGCAUGGCCAGCAUCAUAAGUCCCCGUUCGAUCACAACCGCCUCGUCUUCCCGAUUAUUCCAGCCUCCCUGAUCGCUUCCCUUUUCUAUUUUGUGGCCUGUGUGGCUUUCCAUGGAGUCUUUGGAGUUUCCCUCCUGUGCGGGGGGCUCUGCGGCUACUUAAUUUACGACAUGAUGCAUUAUUACUUCCAUUUCGGCUCACCCAAAGAAGGAACCUACCUGUACGGGCUGAAGACCUACCACAGCAAGCACCAUUUUGAAUACCAGAAAGCAGGCUUCGGUAUUUCCAGCCGAUUCUGGGACCGUUCCUUUCAGACGCUGAUUCCAGAAGAAACUGCUAAGGAAGAGUAGCCGCCCGAGCUCCUGCCUGGCCCGUUGCUGUGUUGAUGGUCCUUG